AGAUGUCGUCAUGUUUCCAUUGCCAGUUUCUUCGAUGACACCGAAUGCCGUCCGUGCAAGACAAAUUAUGAUUACUGUAGAGAUUCCACUAAGACAACCAGAAAUCCUGACGAUUUUAUGAAUAGCGAAGCAUCAACAGGAAGAACAAAGUUCAGAAAGUCUGCUUCUUCUGGAGAAAGUGGAUUUGAUAGUGUAUAUGGAGGAGGAAAACGUGGUGAAGAAACAGAAGAUGAACUAUUAUCAGCUGCAAGUACAUCGAAAGAUGCAAUGGAUCGAAUGGAACAAGAAGAAGCAAAACGAGUUCGAUCAGUUAUUUCCCAAGAAUUUGCGAAACGAAGACAGGCGUCACAUGUGAAUGUGAUUAAACCGGAACAAAAUGUUAUUAAGAAUGUGAGUCUUGAGACUCGAGAAAACUGGGUUCGAUUUCUUCAUCGUGCUCUUGAUUCAAAUUGGAUUGUUUCGGGACCACCAGCUGGUGUUACAACGAAACAAUGUGCAGAACAACUGGAAUAUGGACUAUAUUCAAUUUCAAAAAAUGAGACAACUUAUAAGAAUAAGUGUGGACACAAGCUGGCUGAAAUCAAGAAAUUGACACUGAAGAAUGCUCCUUUCGCCUACACAAAUACAGAAGUUGAGCAGAAUGGAUUUGUUAAAGCUUCCAAUUUAUCAUA